AUGGUUGUUUGGUCGCCUCUUCUGUCCCUCGUGAGCCUGACGCUCUCGGUGGUCCUGAGUACUGCUGCUGCCCAGGACCCGACCAAGGGUGCGACCGUGCCUGCUUCGACUCCUCUUGUCGAGGAUAUACCCAAUGCCUACAUUGUGGAGUUCGCAGACGGCUACAACAUCGACUCCCUCCUCGCCGAUCUUAAGGGUAACGCAAUCGACACGGUGAAACGCAAGGAUCUCAAGUACAAACUUUUUAAUGGUGCUUCGUUCGACAUCAAAGGCAACUCCAAAGAAGAGGUCGAGAGGGCUGUCGAGAGGAUUUCCGGUCAUUCCAAGGUCAAGAAGAUUUGGCCUGUCCGCAAGGUCACGCUUCCAGAUGACAAGUUCACUUCGAUAGGCUUCGGGUCCAAAGGCUCUUUCGAUGUGCUCCAAGAUGGAGCUGUCCUGAAGCGUCAGUCCAAGGCCAACAAUACUUACAACCUGCACAUGCAGACCCAGGUCGACAGGCUGCAUGCUGAGGGCUUCACCGGCAAGGGUAUCAAGAUCGCCCUGAUCGACAGCGGCGUCGACUACAAGCAUCCGCUCCUAGGUGGCUGCUUUGGUAAAGGAUGCAAGGUCUCUUUCGGUUACGACAUCAUUGGCGAUGACAUGAGCCAGCCCGGCAAAUUUCCCGACGACGACCCUAUGGACUGCGCAGGCCAUGGCACCCACGUGGCUGGCAUCGUGGGCGCGAACCCUAGCGAGCUUGGCUUUGUCGGUGUAGCUCCCGACGCCGAACUGGGCGCCUAUAAAGCGCUCAACUGCAUCGGCUACAGCACCAACGAGAUGCUCAUCUCGGCUUUCAACAUGGCUUACGAGGCUGGGGCCGACAUUAUCAGCUCGUCCACCGGUAUCGAGGGAGGCUGGGCUGACGAUGCCUGGUCUUCGGCCGUUUCUCGCAUUGUAGAUGCCGGAGUACCUGUUGUCAUUGCCGCCGGAAACUCGGGAGAGCAAGGACUCUGGCGUCCCAGCAGCCCAUCGGCCGGUCGUGGUGUUACUUCUGUUGCCUCGACCGACAACACUGAAUUUACUUUCCUGUUCCUGGCCGGCACGUACAAGCUCGACGAUGGAGACCCGGCCAAGUUCCCGUGGAUCGCUGGUGAGCCAGCACUCGGCAACAUCAGCCUUCCUCUUCGCCUCCUCACGAACACGUCGGGGGCUGCAGUGGAUGCAUGUCAGCCUCUUGCCGAAGGUGUUACGCUGUCUGCCAAUACUGUUUAUCUCGUUGCUGAGACUGGUGCCUGCAGACACCAAUCCCAGAUCGAUAACAUGGCUGACAAGGGUGCAAAGAAUGUUAUUAUUUACGCGCGCACCGAUCGGCCUGUCAAGCAAUCAUACCUGUCAGGUCCCAAAGCCAACUUCGGUGUAACGACCCAGACUCAGGGGAAAGCUUGGGUCAACGCACUGCAGUCCGGAUCAAACAUAACCGUUACCACCUUGGAGCCGGUCCACUCUCCCGGCCUGGCAGAGCAUACUCCUAACACAGCCACAGGAGGCUAUACCUCUUAUUGGAGCUCUUGGGGCCCGGACUGGGAGCUAUUCGUUACACCCAACGUGGCUGCUCCAGGCGGCGAGAUCGUGUCUACCUAUCCUCUUUCCCUCGGGAGCUACGCAGUCGCAUCGGGAACUUCAAUGGCGUGCCCGUUUGCUGCCGGAGCUCUCGCUCUCAUCGCGCAAAAGAGGAAGGUCAAGGAUUCAGGGGCGCUCCGGUCGUUACUUGCUAGUACCUCGAAGCAACUCGUGCACCACGACGGCCAGAAAGCAGACCCGCAGAACCGUCUUCACUCGGUCCUCCAGGGCGGCGCCGGUCUGCUCCAAGUGUUUGAUGCGUCGGAGGCAAAAGGUCUUCUCAGCACCGCCUUCAUCUCCUUCAAUGACACGGAACACUAUAAGGAUGUCACCUUCUCACUCAAAAACACGGGCAAGAGAGAAGCGACGUAUGAGCUUGGCCACCGCCCUGCCGCGACCGUCUACGCUCUCGACAAUCAUGACCCUGGUUACCCACAGGCCUUCCCCGUCGAACUUGCCCCCGCCGCCGCCGUAGCUGAGCUCUCCUUUUCCAAAAAAGUUGUCAGAGUCCCCGCCGGCCGUUCAGUCUCCAUUACUGUCAAGGCCACGCCUCCGACAGCAAACAUCGACCUAUCCCGUCAGCCCUUCUAUAGCGGUUUCAUCACCCUUAACGGCACCAACGGUGACGCCCUUGUUCUGCAGUACCAGGGCCUGGCAGGAGCCGCGCUGCGCAAGGCCCCAAUCAUCGCUGAGGGAUUAAACGACCUGAACAUUCCCAGAUCGUACAUCGCCACCACUACCAACCGCUUCCCGUAUCCGAUCAACAACGACACCGUCUUCCGCAUUCCGCGGCCUGCCAUCCCCCCUGUAGCAAACGACAGCAUCGGGUUCCCACAGGCCCGCGUUUCCCAUGGACUGGGCACCAGGAGAAUGGAGUUCCGCGUCGUGCCGCUUGAGCAUGGCGGCGCCAUUCAGACUGAGGAUUGGCACGGCCUCAAAACCCUUCCAACGGAGAUUUACGGCGCCCCCUACGAGCUUAUCCCGCGCGGCUCGACGUGGCGGACGUUUGAAGGCCUUAUGGCGGACGGCGCCACGGCGCCCGAGGGCAAGUACAAGAUCGCCGUGGCUGCCUUGCGGCUGUUUGGUGACUGGAAUAAGGAAGAGGAUUGGCAUGUCAUGGAGCUCGAGCCCAGCUUCACGAUCCGGUAUACUUGA